UGAAACUCUAGUGGUUGGAGCCCGGGCAGAGCGUGAGGGAGCCGGCGCUGGCGGGGCUACCUUUACUACCCGCGCACAGCCGUGCUGACUGGACUCUCCAGCGGGUCGCCAUCCCGAAGCGGCGGAAGCUUGGGUUCCCAGCCCGACGCGAACACAGCCCGAGUCCCUGUCCCAGAGGGAAUCGCUCUCUGCAGACCAGUGGGACCCCGAAACUUGAACGCAACCCCCCUUUUCAAGCCUUUGUCACUUCCCCAGCUUUCUCCCAACGCGUUCUUUUUUUUUCCUCCUCUCCCAUUCUCUCUCCUCCGAAGGACACAAAAGUGGCUUCCGCUGAGAUAUUAGGAGGCGGCAGGGAGCUUUUUUUCCCUUUGGAGAGCGACUGUGUAGGAAGGAUUUUUCGGGAGGCGGCUUUUUAACACCACUGCUCUGUGCUUUCAGAGCCUCUCUGUAACCCUCUGAGCGCGAUGUACAAUACGGUGUGGAGUAUGGACCGCGAUGACGCAGACUGGAGGGAGGUGAUGAUGCCCUAUUCGACAGAACUGAUAUUUUAUAUUGAAAUGGAUCCUCCAGCUCUUCCACCAAAGCCACCUAAGCCAAUGACUUCAGCAGUUACAAAUGGAGUGAAGGACAGUUUCAUUUCUCUUCAAGAUGCAGAAUGGUACUGGGGAGAUAUUUCCAGGGAAGAGGUAAAUGACAAAUUACGGGACAUGCCAGAUGGUACCUUCUUAGUUCGUGAUGCCUCAACAAAAUUGCAGGGGGACUACACGUUGACUCUUAGGAAGGGAGGAAAUAAUAAGUUAAUAAAGAUCUAUCAUCGGGAUGGUAAAUACGGCUUUUCUGAUCCCCUGACAUUUAAUUCUGUGGUGGAACUCAUUAACCAUUAUCACCAUGAAUCUCUUGCUCAGUACAAUCCCAAACUCGAUGUGAAGCUGAUGUACCCAGUAUCCAGAUACCAACAGGAUCAGUUGGUAAAAGAAGAUAACAUUGAUGCAGUAGGUAAAAACUUGCAGGAGUUCCACUCUCAGUAUCAGGAGAAGAGUAAAGAAUAUGACAGGCUGUAUGAAGAGUACACCAGGACAUCUCAGGAAAUACAGAUGAAGAGGACUGCAAUUGAAGCCUUUAAUGAAACUAUUAAAAUAUUUGAGGAGCAGUGUCAUACCCAAGAACAACACAGUAAAGAAUAUAUUGAGCGUUUUCGCAGAGAGGGGAAUGAAAAGGAGAUUGAACGAAUUAUGAUGAAUUAUGAUAAGUUGAAAUCACGUCUUGGUGAGAUUCAUGAUAGCAAAGUGCGCCUGGAGCAGGACUUGAAGAAACAAGCUUUGGACAACCGGGAAAUAGAUAAAAAAAUGAAUAGCAUCAAACCUGACCUGAUCCAGCUGCGUAAGAUUCGGGAUCAGCACCUUGUAUGGCUCAAUCACAAAGGAGUGAGGCAGAAGCGCCUGAAUGCCUGGCUGGGGAUCAAGAACGAGGAUGCUGAAAGCUAUUUUAUUAAUGAAGAAGAUGAGAAUCUGCCACAUUAUGAUGAAAAAACCUGGUUUGUGGAAGAUGUCAACCGAGUACAAGCAGAGGACUUGCUUUAUGGGAAACCAGAUGGUGCAUUCUUAAUUCGUGAAAGUAGCAAGAAAGGAUGCUAUGCUUGUUCUGUGGUCGCGGACGGGGAAGUGAAGCACUGUGUGAUCUACAGCACGGCUCGAGGAUACGGCUUUGCAGAACCCUACAACCUGUACAGCUCGCUGAAGGAGCUGGUGCUCCAUUACCAGCAGACAUCCCUGGUUCAGCACAAUGACUCCCUCAACGUCAGGCUCGCCUACCCUGUCCAUGCACAGAUGCCCUCACUCUGCAGAUAAGCAGGGUGGGAAGAGACAUGGCUCUCCAGCAUUUUCCUAUGGUUUUAAUUAGACUAUGACGAGGGCAUUCUUUCUACGUAGACUGCUUGUUUUGCACAAGUGAUUCUGUGGAUGUGAAAUGGAGAGGCCGAGCAGUAGCUGGCCAGGAUUUGGGGAUAAACGAGGGGCCCGGGGUCUCUGGACUCGCUGUGCUGCUGCACUCAUGUACUGAGCUGGAAGCAGAAACUGGUUUCAUGGGGGAUUUGUUUUGUUGUCAGGCACCUUGAACAGAAGAGUUAGACUUGUUGUGGGUGGGGGUGGGGUUUUUAUUUGGAAGCCUCUUAAGAGUCCAUGUCCUCUUGUCUUCAGCUCUGAGAAUGCAGCGGGUCAUGGUUUUGUUGGGAGUUGUUUUGCUUUUAUACUCUCCCCCCAUAAGAAGCAGCUAACUUUGGUUCUGUGAUAAGAUGGGGUUUGGUUUGGGUGGAAAAAGGCAACCAAAGGAAAUAGGGAGGUGUGGGAUUUCAUUUACAGAAUCUAAACCAAGGAGGCAAAAGACCCCUUCAGUCAAUUUUAUCAGCAUAAUUUAGGCUUCAGAAUCUUACCAUCUCCUCCCUCUAACGCACUAUGUUCAUGAACCAACAAAGCAACAUUGUCAGACCAGGGUCUAAGGGGAGAAGGUAACACUAGUAGCUGAAUGUACACUUCUGUACCAAAACUUGACAGAAAACUACAAGUGUGAGUUUUAACAAACACUAAAAUUGGUCAGUGUGUUUCCUUUUGCCCUGGCCUUGUUUUUGAGAUGAAUAGAAUUGUCUUGUGGAGAUAGUGAGCUUUGAGUCAUAUUGAAGUCGGUGCUUGUGUGGUGUUUCUUUAGCCUAAAGAAUGAUGUUUGAAACCUUUGUAACUAGUUUUAUGAGUAAAGAAAAGGUGCAAUCCAGUGCUUUUAGAUGGCUUGAUAUAUACCAAAUAAUGAUAGAGAACAACAUCGUUGUGUGUUCCCCCAAGUUUAAAAGCCUUGCCAAAACUAUACAAGGAUUAAUUUGCCUUCAUCUCCCCUUCCUUUUCUGGGUAGGGUUUAGGGAGCCAUAGGUAGCUAAAGGACGACUCAGUUUGUGGUCAGAGACCUCAGUGAAUCACAGACACGUGGGCCCUUGUGUCCAGGGUGAAGGGCCCAUCACAUUACACAUUCUGCAAUGUGGCUGAAGCUUUUGCCAAGAGAGGGGCUACUACAGCUUGGAGUUGAGACUAUCUGAGGGGAAGAUCUACAAGCUUUCCUGUUUGCCACUGAGUUAGUGUCACAUCCUUUCUUCAUGCUUCAGUGGCUGUGAUUUUAGGCCAGGAAUCUUCUGCUCCAUGUGGCUUAGGCCUUCUAGCUAAGUGAAAUUCGUUAGGUAGAGGACAGGCAUCUAUUCCUGGCUUCAUACUCAUUUAACAGAGUCCAGCUGCUUCAGAGCCAAUCCUGGAGCCAUAACAGACUCAGUGUGACUCAGCUGCUUGAGCCUAAUGCUAUGCAGUCAGGCAUUCUAGUUGAACAAGUCAAGCAGCCAGUACCUGGGUCUUGGCUCAUAGGCUUCUAUCAGGGAAGAUCACAUGUGGGGGGCCAAAAUAAAGAGGAACAUCAUUUUCCCUGAACAUUUACUUUGGUGACAGUGUCUAGAGAGAACCACAGUAUUAGAGAGAGAGCAACAUUUUUGGAAAGUUGUCAUCAAAGUAAGGAUAGAAAGAAAAGGCAUGUCAUUCUCUUUUGAGAAUGAGAGGAAAUUGAUCUCAAGGCCCUCCCUGCCUUUCUCAAAAUUGCCAGCCUGAAAUCUCAGUUUACCAGGUAAUGCCAGGCUGUUUGCUGACUUUACCUGAUUGAACUUGCUGAAGCAGGUCCAUGAUCAGGCUAAGAUAUAAGGAAUCCCUGUCUGGCACUAAAGCUUUAGUAUGUCCAGGAUGCUUUCUUCCCCCCAAAUAAGUCAAAAUGGACUAUCUAUAGCUGCAGUGUUGAAUAUUGUCAUUACUCUGUAGGGCAGACAUGGAGGAUGCACAGGAGACAGACAGAGAGCAGAAUCUUUGCAUUGACACCGGUGCUCAACUGUGGAGAAAGGCUGUUUUUCAGUCCUAUAUUCUUUCCCUUUAAGUGAUCCACCUUGUGAGAUCUAAGAUCAGCUAAUAAAUUGGAAGGAAUCUUUUUCUGACAAGUUCCCACACGAUUUACUCGGUCCUGAGCUGUGGAAAUGGCAUGAAGACCAGUCUCCUAACAGUGGUCCUUGUGUCUGGGGAAGUCAGCAUGUUCCUAUGGCUCCAUGGCUCAGAAGCAGGUCAUGGUCUUCUUCCCAAUGUUCUGUCCCAUGGUCUGGCCCUGAGACUAUAUCUCUUUUGGCAUCUUAACUGCAGUCUCACUGACUAAAGCUGAGGGUACAGAGACAGAUUAACCAGAGAUGCAGAUCAGCCAGCCCCCAACAUGAACGCAGCUUUUGGUUGGCUAGAUACACUUGUCUUUUAAUAACAAAACAAUGCUGUUUACACCUGGCAUCAUUCAACCUAUGUUCUUGUCACUGCUCCCGCCAUAGAUGAAGAUAGCCUACGUUCCACUCCUCCAUACAUCAUAGGUCUCCACAUUUACUUCAGACUCUUUGAGCCAGUGUAUGGUAUCUUCCACGUGUCUCACCUUGCUGCCAGGUACCAGCUCCAUGUAUUCUCCUGAGCUUAAAAAAAAUUGUAUCUGAGCAAUUUCUGUUCUCUAGGAUGAUCUCUGUUGCCAGUCAGGACCUCAGAGUAGAGCUCUGUGAAGUUUCCAUGGCAUCAAAAACCAGAGGGUCUAUGCUUGGUCCUUUGCUACCAACUGUUCAGUUUUUACUUAGCUCUAGCCAUUUGUGACAGCCAACCUUGUUUCUUUACAAAUCCUCGCAUGUAACUUUGGUAUCCUGUUGUUUCUUGUGAAAAAAUCUAUUCUGUUGUCUUUGAUGUAAUAAAAAAAAAAUUCAUGUAGUUUAUGUAAAAAUACCUAACUCAGAAGGAAGCCAAUUGUGUCUUGUGUGGGACAAUUCAUAAUGUAGUUCCUAGACCACUUUUGCAAUUGUUCUUGUCACCAAAUGUGUUUGGACAUUGCUGUGCAGUUGUGGGGCAGGGGUGGGAGGAAGGUAAGGCAAGAACAUUGUUGGGCUUUUUUUGUUGUUUACCUUCUCCAAGACUGGGAUGGUCUGGCUGACUCGAUCCAGAUGCAAUAAAAAUAUUGCAACGAA